UUUUGACGGUCUCUGUCUUUUUUGCUUUGUGUGCUAACCCUUUCGCCUGGCCAUUACUGCUCAUAUAUCUCCUACAUGUAUUGAGCUCCAAGGCGGCCACCGACGGGUCACUGAAAUAUCGCUCGGAAUGGUUUCGCAAGAGCUAUAUGUGGCAUCUCUUUGCAGGCUACUUCCCAGCCAGGCUUCACAAAACCCAUGAUCUACCCCCUACACGGAAGUAUAUCUUCGGUUAUCACCCUCAUGGUAUCAUUUCCCACGGCGCCUGGGCUGCUUUCGCAACCGAUGCUCUAGGAUUCUCCGAGAAGUUCCCUGGUAUCACAAACAGUCUACUGACCCUCGACUCAAACUUCCGUAUUCCACUAUAUCGCGAAUACGUACUUGCUGCUGGGGUGCGGUCAGUCUCAAAGGAGUCUAUUGUCAACAUCUUGACCAAAGGUGGGCCUAAUGGAGAAGGUAUGGGUCGCGGAGUUACCAUUGUCGUUGGUGGUGCUCGAGAGUCCCUGGAGGCGCAACCUGGGCAGCUGCGUCUGAUUCUAAAAGAACGCAAAGGCUUCGUCAAGAUCGCGGUUAGAACCGGCGCCGAUCUUGUACCUGUGCUGGCAUUCGGCGAGAACAGCCUCUACGAUCAAUUACAUCCUAAGGAGCAUCCGAUAGUACACAAGCUCCAGAUGUUUGUCCUGAAAGUGUGGAAGUUCACCCUACCCUUCUUACACGGGCGGGGCAUUUUCAACUAUGACGUAGGCCUCAUGCCAUACCGUCGGCCGUUAAAUAUCGUGGUCGGGGCCCCCAUUAAGGUCGCGCAAGCAAACGUCGUGGACCAAGCAGAAGUCAACCGGCUUCAUGAUCUAUACGUCGCCGAGCUCCAAAAAUUGUGGGAUCGAUACAAGGACGAUUUCGCUCCCGACAGAAAGGAGGAGUUACAAAUAUUGUCUUAAAUUAAUGGGGGCAUGGGUUAUUCAAAAGGCUUUUGGUGUAUUCAUACGAGAAUUAUUAGAGGGUAAACACUUAUUGGAGGUGGUGCUCACUUCGGUGAACUGAGCAAGGCGCACAUAGGAUAAUUACUUUCGUUUGUUCAAUUUGUCUAGCGGUGUAUAAUAAGCGGCAUGAAUCUAUAAUACACAGCGAUACCAGUAUCAUACACAC